AUGAUGAAGCUCUUCCGUCGUUCACGCAACAACAACCAACGCAUCGCUCGUGUCAACGCUACCAACGGUUCUUCCAUGGAAUCGGCGGAUACAGGUGCCUACAACAUGCAGGAGAGCUCUUCGUCUUCUUCUGCUUCGACGACCAUGAGCACUACCGUGUCAUCGUCGCGCCGUCCAUCGUUCGUUCUCAAGAAGCGUCGUCAAAAGCGUCCUAGUCGCCAACAACUCGAACAAGCACUCGCAAGAGAGCGCCAAGAACGAUUGCGGCUGGAACGAGAUGUGCGAGACAAGUUUAACGGAAUCGGCCCAGUCGAUGGUCAUCUCGAGGAAGUCCGUGGCGAACAUGUGGAUGAGUAUUCGCUAGAGACAGUUUUGGGAAAGGGAGCCUUUGGAGAAGUGCGGCUCGGACGAUCCAAUAGCAAGAAAAUGCAGGUGGCAAUCAAACUGUUGGACAAGGAGAAAAUGACAUCUCUUGCUGGCGUGCAGCGAGCCAACGAAGAGUGUCGAUUGUUGCGAAAGUUCUCUAGUCAUCCCAAUGUAAUUCGUCUAGAUAGAGUCUUUCACGGAGAACAUUUCAUUUAUCUCGUGCAAGAACUAGCCGAUCAGACUAUCGGACAAUUUCUAGAUGGUCCCAACAUGUGUUGGGCCGAUGUACAGGGUGACUUCUUGCAGCAAGUGUCUAUGGGCGUUCUAGGCGCUCUUUGUCACAUGCACAAGCAUGGAGUCAGCCACGGAGACAUUCACGCACAAAACAUUCUGAUCCGAUUCUCCUCUUCGUAUCGCGUCGAAGCCAGUGACAUUCGUCUUUGCGAUUUUGGCUGCAGUCGUCAAGCGGAUGAGAAGCAACAACACGGUGAAGGCCAACUUCACAGUGAUCGAGAAUGUUGGGCCCCGGAAAUGUUCGGCCGCGAGGCUUUUGAUAGCAAGGCAGCCGAUAUCUGGGCGUUCGGUUGCACGUUGCUUCAAAUUUGGGCCCCGGAAUGGUAUCCGACUUCUUGGAUGAAGAAGCUUGGGUCGACAACGAGCGCUAAGGAUGCUCACAUCUACGUGAAACGAGCACUCAAGGAAGUCAAGGCAAUCGAAACCCAGGCAGGAGAACUUGUGGAUAUGUACCUCCGCGACUUUAUGCGUAACGAUCUCAUGCAAUUCAACGUGAUCGAGAGGGCCAACGCGGCCCAAGCAUUGGACAACGUAUGGUUGCAGCGAGAUCUAAUUGGAAGCAUCUUCACAGCGGGUGUUGUGACCUUUCCACUCCAAGAAGGCCAACAACUGGAGGAUCGAUACGGAGAUACGUUCGAAAUAGUUGCAAACGCUGACGGGGAGCAGUUUCGCCUAAAGAUGGUAAAUAGACGCCGACGAAAUCCAGAUUUCUAG